AUGGCCGAGCCCCCCGCCGCCGCCCGCAGCCACGCCGCCGCGGGACCGGCCGGCCUCAAGAGGAGGCGCAUCGCCGUCGGCAGCACGGAGCAGUACGAGGAGACCACCUGCCGCCUCGGCAAGGGUGCCUUCGGUACGGUCGUCAAGGCGCGGCACCGCGACACCGGCCGGAUCGUCGCCAUCAAGCGCCUCGGCGCGGCCCACGGCGGCCCCGGGGCGGCGCUGCGGGAGGCGCGCUUCCUCGAGGAGGCCGCCAACCCGUUCGUCGUCGGCUUCCACGGCGUCGUCCGCGCCGCGGGCACCAUGGACCUCCGCCUCGUCAUGGACUUCGUGGGCCCCAGCCUCCACGACGUCCUCCGCCAGCUCCCCCGCGGGAGCCCGCCGCUGCCCGAGGCCACGGUCCGCGCCGCCAUGUGGCAGCUGCUCACGGCCGCCAAGAAGAUGCACGCCGGCCGCAUCGUCCACCGCGACAUCAAGCCCCAGAACAUCCUCGUCGGCGAGGGUCAUAACGUCGUCAAGAUCUGCGACUUUGGGCUCGCCAUGUCCACCGACGAGCGGCCGCCGUACCAGCCGGCCGGCACGCUGUGGUACAUGGCGCCCGAGAUGCUGCUGGAGAAGCCCGACUACGACACGCAAGUCGACAUCUGGUCCCUCGGCUGCGUCAUGGCGGAGCUGAUCGACAGCGGGAGACCUCUCUUCCAGGGUUCCCACGACCAAGGGCAGCUCAACGCGAUCUUCCAAUUGCUCGGCGCGCCCGACGACAGCACAUGGCCGUGGUUCUCGUCCACCGUGGUGAUGCCGCCGCAACUGGCCGACAUGCAGCGGGAGAACCACCUGCGCGAGCUGUUCCCCGAGACGAAGCUGUCUGAGGAAGGGUUCGAGGUCCUCAGCGGCCUCCUCACGUGCAACCCCGACAAGAGGCUCACGGCAGCUGCCGCGCUGGAGCACCCCUGGUUCGCCAAGAUCGACGCGCUGGAUCUGCCAAACAAAGUGGAGGCGUUGUCGCCGCUGCCCAAGAGACGGAGGAUACAUCACAUACAUGCUGUUUGCGUGACCUAG